CUGCGAAAAUGAUGCCGUUUUCAAUCGUUUGACCAUGUCGCACCCCCGACUUUUCGUGUGGUUGGGAUCCUCCUGGAACUCGAUUUCAGCCUCUUUGCCAUUCCAAAUUUCCAACGCUCCCUUGGCCUCCUCGGCCAAAUUUCAUGAUUCUCUCAAAAUUAACGGUAACAAUAUAAUAUUGCAUCUGCAGCAUCCAGCAAGCAAGAUCGAAAGCUAGAGCUUCGCACUUAAAAGGGUCUUUCAAAAGUAUUCUUGACCUCUUCUUCUUCUUCUUGGUGGCUGAAAAAUGGCGAAUUUGUACGUAAGAGCGGUGCCGACGACGGAUCUGAACAAGAACACGGAGUGGUUCACGUACCCUGGCGUUUGGACAGCCUACAUCCUCAUCAUCUUCUUCUCUUGGCUCCUCGUACUCUCCUUCAUCGGCUGCUCCCCCGGCGCCGCCUGGACCAUCGUCAAUCUCUCUCAUUUCCUAAUUACUUACCAUUUCUUUCACUGGAAGAAGGGAACACCAUUUGCUGAGGAUCAGGGUAUCUACAAUGGGUUGACUUGGUGGGAGCAAGUAGACAGUGGCAAGCAGCUUACUCACAAUAGGAAGUUUCUAACUGUUGUGCCUGUUGUCCUGUACUUGAUAGCUUCACACACCACUGACUACCGACACCCAAUGCUCUUCUUCAACACACUGGCAGUUUUUGUGUUGGUGGUUGCCAAGUUCCCAAACAUGCACAAGGUUCGUAUUUUCGGCAUCAAUGCAGAUCAGUGAUAGGACAAAAAACGCAAGCCAGGUUUGCUCCCAUUGCCAGAUUUAAUCUUUCUGGCAAAUAUUGUACAGAUUUUGAGUGAAUAUCUUACAGAUUGCUCUCCCCAUUACCUACUCCCAAAGACAUUUUCUUUUUAUUCACUCUUUGUAUGAAUUUGUUUAGUGAAUUUUGGUGCAUUCCCUUUUUCAUGGGUUAAACUGAGGAUCCCAUUUCUAUAAAAAUCUCAUUAUGAAUGAA